CACAACCUCAUCAGUCUCUUGGUCUGCAGAGAAGACAGCAACAACAUGAGCACAGCAGGAAAAAGAGACAGUUUUAUUAUCUCUUUAAACCAGAGGUGUUCACGUCUAUAUAGCACAUGUUAGGUACCACACAUGGGCCUCGAUGUUCCAUGCACAAAGACAAGAAGACCCAAGCCCUGACUUCGAGAGUGGAGACAAACUGGUAUCAUCAUUUGUUUCAUUUUCCAGAUAGUGGCCGCAGGAAUCUGCCGCACGGAUGACCAUGUGGCCAACGGCAGCAUGGUCCACCCUCUUCCUGUGAUCGUAGGUCACGAGGCAGCUGGCAUCGUGGAGAGCAUUGGAGAAGGGGUGACCACAGUCAAACCAGGUGAUAAAGUCAUCCCACUCUGUACUCCUCAGUGUGGAAAAUGCAGAAUUUGUAAACACCCUGAAAGCAACGUCUGCUUGAAAAGCGAUCUGAUCAAUCCUCGGGGGACCAUGCAGGAUGGCACCACGAGGUUCACCUGCAGGGGGAAGCCCGUCCACCACUUCCUCGGCAUCAGCACCUUCUCCCAGUACACCGUGAUGGAUGAGAAUGCCGUGGCCAAAAUUGAUGCAACUGCUCCGCUGGAGAAAGUUUGCCUCUUGGGCUGUGGAUUUUCCACUGGUUAUGGGUCUGCAGUCAAAAUUGCCAAGGUCACCCAGGGCUCUACCUGUGCUGUGUUUGGCCUGGGAGGUGUUGGCCUGUCUGUCAUCAUGGGCUGUAAGGCAGCCGGAGCGGCCAGGAUCAUUGCCGUGGACAUCAACAAAGGUAAAUUUGCAAAGGCCAAAGAGCUGGGCGCCACUGAAUGCAUCGACCCUCAAGACUACAAGAAACCCAUCCAGGAGGUGAUAAUGGAAAUGACCGAUGGAGGUGUGGAUUUUUCGUUUGAGGUCAUUGGUCGGCUUGACACAUUGAUGGCUGCCCUGUUAUGCUGUCAUGAGGCGUGUGGCACAAGCAUCAUUGUCGGGGUCCCUCCCGAUUCUCAAACCCUCCCCAUUAACCCUCUACUGCUGUUGACUGGACGCACGUGGAAAGGAGGUAUUUUGGGAGGCCUUAAGAUGAAAGAGUCUAUCCCCAAACUUGUGGCUGAUUUUAUGGCUAAGAAGUUUCCAUUGGAUCCAUUAAUAACCAAUGUUUUGCCUUUUGAAAAAAUAAAUGAAGGAUUUGACCUGCUUCGCUCUGGAAAAAGUAUCCGCACCAUCCUGACGUUCUGAGACCACACAGACGCCUUCCCUUGAAGCAGCCUCCAGCCUCCUCCAUCCCGCAUCCUCUGCAGUACCAACUGAGCAAUAUCAUUGAUUCUGUUGUUCAGAGAUGUUAUCAAUAAAUCACACAUGAGAGCUUUACAAAAGAAACAGAAAUUGAUGUGAAAUUAUACUUCAAGCAAAUGUUUAAAACCCAGUGAGAGCUUUUACAGAUAAGAUGUUCAAUAACAGCUGGGGAAUGGGACCACUAACUUUCUUUCUUAAUCAUUCUACUCAUGUCGCCUUUCCCAUUAAGGAAAUAAACGUCUUGUGCCUUCUUGCA